ACGAGGGCGCAGCCCGAGUCAACUAUCACGCGAUAGAAAUCUCGAGCUCAUGAUCUAAUUGUGUAAUAGAAACACGGUUUUAAACCAAUCGGCGCGUGCAGUUGUCUUGGGUUAUUUUCUAAAUAAUAUUUAUACAUGUGGAGGCAGCGUGGCCUAUUAUGUUUCUUUGAAAUGUUUCUUUCUUUCAGUUUAAGUUGCAUGCCUGAGAACUACUGUAGCUAGUUGUAGCUAAGCGCAUCGACCACUCUGAACAUUCAACAUUACUAUUCAACAACAACAACAUGAGGUUUUACUUACUCACGAAACUAUUCAGGUGCAAAUAUGGAAAAACUGUCUUGUGACCUGUGCGUGUUUGUUACCGCCCUCUCGCGUGACAAAGAGGGAAAUUCCCGGAAGGAAGGAAGUGAUUUUACAGCCCCUAUAUCACGUUACACAGGUUGCGGAUUUUCUUAUUUAAAGGCAGCGUUUGUCGACCGCUUGUAUUUUAUACAUGUAGUUCAGUCUUGUGAUCGCUCAGUGAUGGUAUUUGGAGUUGCUAUUUGGUUGUUUUGCGUGAGUGGAUUUUGCUGCUACGGAAAGAUCUGUGCCAAGGAAUGGUUUGUCUCAAGACUUCAUGGGAACUCAGCCCUUGAUUGCGGUGUUGAAGUAUCACGCCCUUGCAAAACCAUCAACCAAGCUACUUCACGGGCUAAGGACGGUGACGUCAUCAACAUUGAUGGCGAAGACACGUCACGUGAUCCUUAUCCUUGCGAGGCGGAGUCCACUGCUGGUCUGGUCAUGCGCAGCUAUAAAACUCGAGCGUUUAUCGCUUGUGAGAACAACAUCUUUCCAUUUUCAUGUGACGUCACGACGAACGCUUCUUCUGUUGUCAACAUGAAAGGAAUUACAUUCGUCAAUACGUCUUUGUUUAUUGAUGAAUGUUCUUUAAAGAUGGUCGACUGCGGUUUCAUGACCGACUCCGAUGUCGCGCUGUCCUUGAACUUCGCUCGCAAUUCAACAGGAAAUGUUGAUUUGGAUGGGUGCAACUUUCAAAACAACAGCGCUGGUAGUCUAAAGAUUUCUGGAAAAUCUGUGAAUUUGACCAUUUCGAAUUCUUCGUUUGCAAACAAUAAGCUUCGAGAUGUCAACAAUAACAUCUUGGCCAUUUCAGCACAAAACGUACCAGCCCAGCAGAUUGAUACAAUCACAGUUUACUUCACAAACAUCACUGUUUCACAAAACAGCUGUCCCGGUCAUGCGUGCUUUGAAAUUGUCGCUGGUGUAAACCGCAAAUUAGCGCUUGAGAUGGAUCAAGUAAAUUUUGAAGACAACAAGUCUGGAGAAAGUAUUCUUGACGUCCAGAAUUCGUCGCACGUGUACGUAAAGUUUAAGUCAACGCAGUUCAAAAAGAACGUUGGUAGAGCUGUUAAACUUCACGAUGGUGACUCACUCGAACUGAAAAUCAUGAACGGAACGUUUGCUGGGAACGAAAUACGAGGAAAUAGUAGUUACGGAGCAGCUGUUUUUGUCAGCGGAUUCAAACAGACGGCUUUCGUUUCUCUGUCGCGGUCAAACUUUAGUUCCAACAAAGCUGGAAACGGUGGAGCAUGCGCUUUCGUUGACAUAUUUUAUCUGAUGCUGGAUAUAGAGAGCUGUCGGUUUGUUCAAAACGAAGCCUGGGCAGCAGGCGGUGCUGUAACUGUAGAAAAUCAUUUUAAGAACAAUGCAUCCCUGGAUAUUCGUAGUUCGCACUUCCGUGAAAAUAUCCUAGAUCCCGAUAUUGACAGGGGAGGGAAAGCAUAUUACAACACUCAUUCCAACAUGCACGAUUUCAAAAGCAGUAUUAGUGGGCCAGCGGGCAUAGAAGGAGGUGGAGCGCUGUUUUUGUGUAUGUUCCAUGUGCAGAGGCUCUCACUAGAAAACAGCACUUUUGUUGGCAAUACAGCGAAACGAAAAAACUCCGGAGCAAUUCAAGCCCCAUUGGGCGCCCUUCAUACGGCAGCUGUAGUACGCAAUUGUGACUUCAUCCAAAACUCAGGCGGUGAAACUGUCGGUACUCUUCACCUAACCGUUAGAAGAUCUUUUUCGACAUUUCAGUCGCAGAUAAUUUUACAAAACUCCACGUUUAUUGAAAACAACGGGAGCAGUUUUUAUGACAUUAAUUUGUUUUCAAGGUACGUGCUGAUACGUUCCUGUAAAAUACAGAGAAACUCAGGCGGGGGAAUAAACUUUGGAACCGCUUCUUUAAACAUCCUUUUGGAGAAUUCCUUAAUAAGCGACAACUCAAACUUCGUGGUUAAUCUCUACACAGUGUUAAAUCUGUACACAGACAGGGUGGGCCGUUACAGAUCAACGUACGAAUUCAAGAACGUCUCAUUCAUCGACAAUAGGUGCGCAGCAAAAAGUUCUUUUUUUAGUGCUUCCUUGUAUGCGAGUCAAGGUUCGUUACUUUUCCAAGAGAGUACAUUCCGGAACAAUUUCUGCAAAUCAGGAGUAGUGAAAAUCUCUGUGAACCCGUCUGGUCUCGAUGUUUUACCUCCAGUAAUCUCUAACGUCACCGUAACCAUGAACAACACUGAAUUUCGCGAAAACUCCGGAGUUUCUGAGAGCGCCCUAACAAUAUUUGAUGUCAAAUCGAUUAAUAUUCUAAAUAGCAAUUUUACAGACAACUUUGGCAGUACAGACGGGUCUCACUUGCGCGUACAGAUGAACAAAAGUGAAUUGACAAUUUACAAGACCAAUUUCUACCAGUCGAAGAAGUCCCAAGUUUUUAAUCUUUCGAGAGAGCAACCGUAUAAUGGAUUUUUAACGGUGACAAGUUUGGGAAACAUAGAGAUCCGCGAGAGUUCGUUUGUUUUGGAUCCGCUCAGUGCAGGUGUCAAUCUCAUCUUUGUUAAGGGUGUGGGCAAUGUAGUCAUGAACGAUUCUGUGAGAAUUCAGACCCCAUUCAGUACCAAGCUCCGCCUGCAUAACUUCACACAUUGGGAACUGGGAACGAGCCCUCUCCCGAAAUACGUCACGUCGUUUUCAUUAGUCACCGAGCCAUGUCCUGUAGGAGCGUACAGUAUCAACAGAGGCAGCAGUGAAGGUUUAACCAUAAAGAACAACGUCCAAUGCCUUCCCUGCCCAGCAGGUGGGAAUUGUACGUCUUCUCUGUCUGCAAGGAAAAACUUCUGGGGAUACCCUAUAGGCGACAAGGUCCACUUUAAGCUCUGUCCCCAAGGUUACUGCUGUCCAACUGCCAGUCAAACUUGCGCAUAUAUCAACAGGACCUACCUGCAUUCUGGUUGCCAAGGAAACCGAACAGGGUUCCUGUGUGGAAAAUGUAAAAAAGAUUUCAGUGAGUCUCUGUUUACAACUAACUGUCUCCCGAGCAAAGACUGCACCCAUUUCUGGUAUUUCAUCAUUAUUUUCAUCUGCACGUCAUCGUUUGGUUUUUUUCUUAUUCGAAAGCCUCCAGUGUUUGAAAUAGUGAUGAAAAACCUAACAUGGUUUCUCCCGAGACACAGCAAGAAAAAUAAAAAAGGCUACGACAGCUUGGAAAGUGAUGCUAAAACAAGCAGCGGCUCAAGUUCAGGAUUGCUAAAAAUCCUGUUUUACUUUUAUCAAAUUGCUGGAGUACUGACCGCUACCUACUACGGCGUUAGUGCGGUGCUAAAAAAUAACAUUCUCUUACCAGUGAUAAGUUUACUUGACUUUAAGAUAUCUGUCAAUAAUGAGUGGAGUAUCUGUCCCUAUCCUGGUAUUACACCCCUAUCAAAAACACUAUCCCAGCUUGCAGCAGUAACGGCCACCUUUUUGUCGAUCCCAGCUUUUUACCUGCUGCACAGCGGCCUGAACAAACUGCGUAAGCGUACACCAGUUCUUCCUCCAUGUGGUCCUUACCUCGGAGCGACCCUUGAAAUCUGGUUGCUAGGAUACUCAGCGGCAACUGGUACAGCAAUGAAACUGCGCCACUGUGUACAAAUACAGCACGUGUCUCGCUGGUUCUACGACGCAGAAAUCACGUGUCAUCAAUGGUGGCAGGAAGCCUCUUUGGCUGCAAUAGUCGCGUUCUUGGUGCCGUUUAUAUUUACGUUGUAUUUCGCCUCACUGCAGUUGUAUCAAGGCCAGAUCUCGGCGAAGAUUUUCUUAUUGGCAUGUGUCUUCCCUCUUCCAUACCUACUUCUUGCCUUCCUUGUUUAUGUAAACAAAGUAAUUUCAAAAUCACGCGCCGGUCAAGAAAUGAAAUGCAAGUCAAGCACUGCUGAUCGUGAAGAGUGCAAUGAAACUUCUUCGUCCACCGUAGAGCACUCGGUUCUUGAGGUCCUAACUGCUCCAUUUCGCAAGCCACAGGAUGGUCGAUCUGGAAAGAUUCACUGGGAAAGCGUUCUCAUUGGCCGUCGAUUUUUGCUAAUUAUGAUUGGCUCCGUUUUGAAGCACGCAUUCCUUCGCUCUGUCUGCCUGACAAUCCUUUGCCUGUUUUUCCUUUUACAUCACAUGUCCCGGAAGCCCUUCGUCCAUUUCCGCGACAACCUCGCUGAAACUGUUUCCUUGGCAACGUUGGUUGUCAUAGGAAUACUGAACGUUGGCGUGACGUCGUAUUAUUCAAUGGGAGUUGAAACUAGCGGUGUUCAGUCCCAGUACGUCCUAAUCUUUCUCUGGACAGAGGCAGUCUUACUGAGCCUGGUUCCCGUCCUGUUUGCCGUUUUUGUCUCCUUAUCGUUGGUUUCUCAGCUUGUGAGGCUGGUGAUAAUUUUAAUCAAAGCGGCACGGAGGCUUGUUUUCAAAUCUUAAACUUCUGAGCGUAUACGCCUCAGUUAGGUCAACUCGAUCAACCAGUGCUUCCUCCGGCGUGCUAAUUCUACGAAACAAAAUCAUACUAAAUACAGGAAAAUACAGUAAAUUCCUUGACAAUGUAAUGACUUAAGUUAAUAACUUUAAUUGUAAUACGUCCAAUUAUAACGCACGAAUUUUGACCUUUUAAGGCUGAAUAUAGGCGAUUACAACUCGCAAGGGAACGCUCUAUAUUUUGAUUGACAAGCUCAGGGCAAGACUGCCAUUGAUUGAAUAUUCGUUAACAUAUUCACGAGAUCAGUGUAAAGAAAAUCCCGGGCGGAUUCGCGUCUGAAAGGUUGGGGAUAUCCGUCUGAAAAUUUGAAUUGAACCCUUAAGGAGACCAAUCUGAAGGUGGCUUGAGCUUUAUUUGACCCCUAAAAGAUA